AUCGCGAGCAUUGAAACAGGAUUUUUGUGAGUUGGUUGUUGGAUUUGAUGAGGCUAGGGGGUUUCGGCCCCUAAGCUAUAUAUUUUUUGGAGUGUACUACGGAGAGUAUCAUUUUUGCGAGCAUGGAAGUAUCUGUUAAUGCAUGUGCUCGUUAAAAAAUAUAACCAUGCUCUGUAAUCCUUUUACAUCGAAGUUUAUACUUUUUAAUUUUUUGCUUUAUUAGCAAUUUAUUUAUAUGAUAGCCAGGAGGAACAUACUCUGGCAAUUUAUUUUGUGCUGCAGUUAAUUAAUAAGUAUUUGUAUGUUGAACUAAUUAUGAUGAUCCUAAGAUAGCCAAGAGAAUAAAGUUUUUUAUCUGGAAAUAGUGAGCAGAAUCGGUGGUAUCCUUGGGCUUUGGACUGGAAUAUCUUUUCUACAGUUGGCUGAUUUAGUUGUCAGAAUUUGCUUAGUUUUAUUUUUAAUUGCCACCUUUUCAAAAAGGAAAAGAAAUAAUACUCUUCAGUUAUUUGAAAGUAGAACUCAACAGAAAAGAAAAGAAAUUGAAGCGUCUCCAGCUGUGAAGAUAUUCAAGAGAUCUUUUAUUUCUUCCAUAGCAGAUUUAACAUCGUCGAAGUCCGCGACAGAAAAAUUCAUAAAGCUAUUGAUAUUUCUUUUGAAUUUAAUCGGAUUUCUAUGUUUUACUUAUCACUUCGCAUCACAAUAUCUUGCUUAUGAAACUACUUCAAUAGUAAUGAUGGAGAGGCCAAUAUACAUAGAUCGUCCAGCAAUCACUCUGUGUGAUUCAAAUAGACGAAACAGAAAACUAGUUUGUGAAGAACAGCCACAUAAAUGCAAAUUCUUCAAAUCUGAGGAAGAGUUUUGCAACAAGCACCCCAACUAUUGUAACCUGGAAGACCUGUAUUUGGGAGUUUUUAAAGAAAAUCCUGUGUGCCAAGAUGAUUGCUAUAGCUGGCAAAGAACACUACACGAAUAUAAAAACGUUAUAACUAAAAUUCACGAAAACAGUUUAACCAAACCUUAUGAGCCAAGACUGUUUAACCUGGUGUCAUUUAUCAACAACGAGGGAGAACCAGCAAUUUGUAUGACAUAUGGACUAAAACAUCGUCUGUUAUUUUGGACAGAUUUCAAUCGAACCAUUACUCUGAGAAAUAUACAUAAGACUAUUGGGAAAAACGAGACUACUGUUCAUAGUAUGAAAGAUAUCGUCUUUUGGUUGAACGUAUAUUCGGAUGAAUAUAUUGAUCCUAGAGCUGAACCGGCCGUUUAUUUUUCAGUGCACGAUUCCAGAAGACUCGUGAAUCCUUUCAGACACGGUAUUAAGCUUAUAGCGCCAGGAUAUCAUUCUAUCAAAGUCACCGAAUAUGUGGAGCAGCAUCUCUUACCCCAACCUUAUGAUACAAAUUGCACAUUGUUUAAUCCUAUAGGAAGUACAGAAGAAAACGUUGACAUAAUGGUAUGGCCCUCAUUUAUUGUAUUGUAG